CGUCCAUUCCUGCUUGCCCCGUUUCUUCCUCCCCUCCUGCUUCCUUCCUUUUUUUCUCACUUUCCAUUGGACUCCCAAAUCCGAAAUAAAUAACCAGAAGAAAAGCGAAUCUUCUCCUCCAUCUCCCCGAGCAAAUCCCUCCUUCACUCCAGCGAGAGCAAAUCUAUUCGGCGAUAAUUUCUCGCCCAUCGCCGCCGCUCCACCCUCCCUGCUCGCCGCCAGGUUUCCGGUGGACAGGUUGCUGACUGCUGUGAUCAUUUGUUGAAUGGCACAGUGCAGCUUGCGACGGGAGGUUUCCUGGGUUUGAUGUAAUCGGGCUAUCAAAGUGGUAGUUCUUAUGGAUCAACUUGCCAUCCUUGCGACGGAGUUGGUUGACUCGUCAGAUUUUGAGGUCGAGGGAAUCCAGAACCUCACAGAGAAUGACGUCAGUGACGAGGAGAUUGAGGCUGAGGACCUGGCGCGGCGGAUGUGGAAGGACAGGGUCAGGCUGAGGAGGAUCAAGGAGCGGCAGCAGAAGCUCGCGCUGCAGCAGGCUGCGCUGGAGAAGUCGAGGCCAAAGCCGAUAUCCGACCAGGCCCUGCGCAAAAAGAUGUCGAGGGCGCAGGACGGGAUCCUCAAGUACAUGCUCAAGCUGAUGGAGGUGUGCAAUGCGCGUGGGUUCGUGUACGGGAUCAUCCCUGAUAAGGGGAAGCCUGUCAGCGGUGCUUCAGAUAAUAUCAGAGCUUGGUGGAAGGAGAAGGUCAAGUUUGACAAGAACGGGCCUGCGGCGAUUGAGAAGUACGAAUCUGAGAACUUGGUUUCUGCUAAUGCGCAGAGCGGUGGGAUUAAGAACCAGCACAGCUUGAUGGAUCUCCAAGAUGCCACUCUGGGUUCUCUACUUUCAUCAUUGAUGCAGCAUUGUAAUCCACCGCAGCGCAAGUACCCUCUGGAGAAGGGCACUCCACCCCCAUGGUGGCCUUCGGGGAAUGAGGAAUGGUGGAUUGCCUUGGGCCUUCCCAGUGGUCAAAUACCUCCUUAUAAGAAACCACAUGAUCUUAAGAAGGUUUGGAAGGUUGGUGUGCUUACAGGUGUAAUCAAGCACAUGUCCCCCAACUUUGAUAAGAUCAGAAAUCAUGUACGCAAAUCAAAAUGCUUGCAGGAUAAAAUGACCGCAAAAGAGAGCCUAAUUUGGCUUGGUGUUCUGCAGAGAGAAGAAAGGCUUGUUCACAGAAUUGACAAUGGUGUAUCAGAGAUUUCUAACCACAGUUUGCUAGAAGACAGAAAUGGGGAAACAAUCAGCAGCAGUAAUGAGUAUGAUGUUGAUGGUUUUGAGGAUGCUCCUCUUUCUACAUCAUCUAAAGAUGAUGAACAAGAUCUGUCUCCUGUUGCACAAUCUGCUGAGGAGCAUGUCCCAAAAAGAGGGAGGGAAAGGGCCUACAAUAAACGCCCUAGUCAGACUGUUCCUAGUAAGGCAGGGAGAAAAGAACCACCAAAGAGGAAAAGAGCGCGUCACAGCUCCACUGGUAUUGAGCCUGAUAUACAAAGUGUUGAUGAGGCACCAGAAAACCCAAGGAAUUUGAUUCCUGAUAUGAACCAACUGGAUCAAGUAGAAAUCCAAGGCAUGGCUACCCAGAUUGUCAGCUCCAACCAUGGGGGCACCACAAGUGAAGUUUUACACCACAAAGGAGACACUCAAGUACAGGUCCAUCUUCCUGGUGCUGAGGGUAAUAACUUCGAUGGUGCCCCUGCUGCAGAUGCCACUCCUAUAAGCAUAUACGUGGGAGCGAAGCAUUUACCUUAUCAAAAUAGUGACAGCGCCAGGUCAAGAUCUGAAAAUAAUUUUACAGUGGAUGCUGAUCCUGGUUUAAAUGAUCUGCCCAGCAGUUAUCAUACCUUGCCACUGAAACAAUCACUACCACUAUCUAUGAUGGAUCAUCAUGUGGUUCCCAUGGGUAUCAGGGCACCCAGUGAUAACAUUCCUUAUGGUGGCCAUAUACUAGGUGGAAAUUCAACUUCUGUUCCUGGAGACAUGCAGCAGCUUAUAGAUUUUCCUUUCUAUGGUGAACAAGAUAAGUUUGUUGGCAGUUCCUUCGAGGGAUUGCCUUUAGACUAUAUCAGUAUCAGUAGCCCAAUCCCAGAUAUUGAUGACUUGCUGCAUGAUGACGAUUUAAUGGAAUACUUGGGGACAUAACCUUAGUGCUUUGGUCUCCUCUGAAGGUUUUCUCAAAAUUUCUUGACCACUGGUCUCGCUGACAGAGCUAAUGCUUAUCUGUACGCACUCCCACUCUCCCAGGUCUGGUGGUAUGCACAGCAGGUUAUGGAUCUAAGCUGUUCUGCUUAAACUAGAGUUAUUAGGGUCUCUUAAUUUUGUUAUUGUUAUUUGGUUAUACUUGGUAACUUUCUGUCAUGUCCUCUCCUGCAGAUGAAUGGAGUUAUGGUGUUAGUGGAAGCUCCAGUUAUACUAUGAAAUGGACGACUGCUGAAACCGUAACUAUCAACAGUUGUGAAACUAAGAUAUAUAUGAUUUAUGGUUGAUAACAUUUUCUACCAUUGACAAGCUUAUGCUAGAAUGUCUAACUAUUAAUUAUGCUGCAACUGGCAAGUCAGACUACCAUAAGCAAGCAUUAUUGCAUUAAUUACAGAGAACAGAAUUGUGGAAACACAGUAUCAAUAACAUCUUAAAUUGUAGGGCUAAAAAUGGUCACAACAGACGAUCCUGGUUCAGUUUGGCUACUAGCAUUUUUCGUCCUAUGGUCGUAUGGUGCUGAUUGCCCCAAUUAAAUGGGUACAUGUCAGACUUGAAACAGUAUAUUUUACCUUUUCAUUUUCUUUCUUAUAUAUUGUAGAUGAGAAUUUAUUAACUGUGUUGCUUCAAGUCUUCGUCUUUUUGGGUGCAUGCACCUAAUCCAAUAAUAACCACUGUAUUGGACCAAGUAGGUGUUUCUUCAGUUUUGAUAUACAUUAGUCCAAACAUAAGCAGAUAGCGUUUAACAACUUUGAUUGUGACGCUAGAAUAACAUAAGGGCACUUAAGUUGGGAGUAGUUGUCUGAAGUUGGAACGAUUGUGAUAAAUAUUCUGUAAAGAAAAUGCAAGGCCUGCAACUGUGCUUUGUUGUCAAGUAAAUAAAAGAAAUACGUUUAUUGAUUUACGUUUGCUACUGAAGCUUUACCAUUAUCAUCAGUUAAGUGUAAGCUCUUAUACUCUUCAGAGAAUCAGGCAUUUUGAGUUUUAAAAUACUCGAUUUUCCUGCUUACCACUGUCCAGUGACUAAGUUGGCAUAGCUUUGUUAUUGUUCAGUAUCAGUAAUAAGGGUAGAGAUCAAACGAUGCCAUGACUGUGAUUGUUACUCUUUUGAAACCCCAACUGGAGUGUUGAGAUAGAGGCAUUUUGUCUUUUUAGACUGUUAUAAUAGCUUACUUUCAUGAAAGGUAUAAGGAAAACUCAUUCUCUGGCCAUGUUGGAGCAGUCACUGGUACGAGAUAUUUUCUGUACUUGGAAGUCAAUGAUACAUCUUUUCCACAAUUUAUAUAUUGGUCAGCUCAAUGUUAAAUUCAGCAACUUAAGUCUCAGGACAUGCAUCUCACCUUGACCGUGGAGCCUUGGGUUUAUCCUCUGAUUUUCACUGCUGUCUUCGUUUGUUAUUUGGGAUCAGUCUGAUUUGGGUGUUUUUAGCUUUGUUCCUUUUGCUAUGUUCUUUUGCGUGAAAGAUACAAGAUUCAUAUCUCUUAGCAUGGGUGUUGUUGGACUGCGGGCUGCCUCCUUGUGCACAAAUUGACAGGAGCCAGCACUUGUGGGGUCCUCUAAUCAUAAUCCCUUUGCAGCAAUUCUGUCACAUGCAUGGCAGGCCUGCAGCAUCUCAAGCGAUCAGAGAUUCAGAAUUCAGAAAGACUGGACCAGAAAAAGAGCCCUCUGGCGAGCAGAAUAUCGAGCCGUGAAACGGGAUGUCAGGUAACCGUUUGACUUCUACCGGGACAUGCAGUACUGGGCUACUGCCUACUGGCUCGCGUCGACAGCCGUAGUUUCAUGCAUGGUGUUUUUUUUACCAUGAAGAAAACAGGUUCACCCAAAGAUGCAGGGAAAAACCAGAGCAGCAGAACCUUUUCCGCUCCAGUGACGAAAGGGCAUCUCCCACCUCCUAGCGAGUCGAGUCCCUGUGCCUUGGCGACUGCAGAAAUGGUAGCGUAUGGGGUAUUUCUUAGAAUAAUAAAUGUUAGUAGAUAUAUCUAGACUUCUUCAAAAUUUCUUUCUUCCAAUUCUUUUUGUUUUUUGAAUGGUCUUUCUUCUUUCUUCCAAACCUUGGCGGAAAAAAAAAAGAACCUCGGUUUGGACAUUGAAUAUUCAGGAUAAGGCGUCAACGCUUCUUCUUACUUUUUGUGCGUCAGGUAAAGAAAUAGCCGACGACCUAGUCCGCAAAAUUUCUGUA